AUAAAGGUUGAAACACCCUUCUUAUAAACUAUUUUGCUCUUUAAAUUUUAUAUAUAAACAGUGAUGUGCGUACUUUACAAGUAAUUUCUUUUGUUAAAAUGACUUGGACACCUGAUAUUGAUAUAGUGACUUGCAGCACUAGAUAUACAGAAUAUGCUUGUCCAUCGACAUUUUUAACUUUUUUGUCGUUUUUGUUACAAUAUGCAAGUAAACCAAGUUAUAAAAAUGAAGUUCCAGAUAGUGUCGACGGGUAUGACUUCAUUAUUGUGGGUGCAGGAUCAGCCGGAUGUGUUUUGGCUAAUCGUUUGAGUGAAAUCAAACGAUGGAAGAUAUUAUUGUUGGAGGCUGGUGACGAACAGCCAUUAAUAAGUCAAAUGCCGGCUAUGAUACCAUUGAUGUUCAAAAGUUCAAUAGAUUAUAAUUAUAACACACAACCUGAACCAGCUGCGUGUAAAGCUUUUGAAAAUAAUUCUUGCUACUGGCCUCGGGGUAAAGUAAUGGGAGGCAGUAGUACGACAAAUUUUAUGUGGUACAAUCGCGGUUCUAGACAAGAUUAUGAUGAUUGGGCUGAUGCUGGAAACGAAGGAUGGAGCUAUGAUGAAGUUCUACCUUAUUUUAAGAAAUCAGAAGAUUUGAGAGAACCAAAGAUUAUUGUGAAUAGUGCAGAGAGUCAUGGCACUGGUGGACCUUUGACAGUUGACAGAUUUCCUCAUCACGAUAAAAUAAAUGAUCUUUUCAUUGAGGCAGGAAAAGAAUUGGGUUUAAAAGAAAUCGACUACAACUCUGGAUAUCAAGUUGGGAUAUCUAGAAUACAGUCCACGUCUAUCGAUGGGUCAAGACAAAGUGUUAAUGAUGCUUUUAUCAGGCCUAUUCGAGGAAGAAGACGAAAUCUUGUUAUUAAACCAAAUUCGUCCGUUACGAAAAUUAUUAUAAACCCUAAAACUAAAUGCGCAGUGGGCGUGGAAUUUAAAACAUUGGAUGGUAAAAUUAAAAGAGUUUACGCAAAGAAAGAAGUCAUUCUAUCAGCUGGUGCUCUAGAAUCUCCAAAACUUCUAAUGUUAUCUGGUAUCGGUCCUAAGAAGGAGUUGCAAGAAGUAGGUAUAAGUGUUAUAAAAGAAUUGCCAGUUGGUCAGAAUCUUCAAGACCACGUGACAACGACGCCAGUCAUAAAAAUAAAAUUAAAUGAAUCUACAUCGACUGUCAAGCACCCGCUUGAUAUUCAAAAAGACGUAGAACGUUGGAUGGUGACUCGUGAAGGCCCAAUAGCUGGAAUCGGUGCAAUCGAUUGGGUUGCCUACGUUCAAACACCUUAUGAAAACCGUGAGGGUGUUCCAGAUAUCGAAAUAUCAGCCGUAUUUUAUGUUUCAAAUAAUUGCUCCAGUCCAGAUGAUUGCAGUUUUUAUCCUUUUUCCUAUUAUGACACUAUCAAUGUCUAUGUGGCUGCGAUGUCUCCUACUAGUAGAGGUUAUUUGACUCUGAACAAAACCGAUCCGACCAAUAGUCAUCCUCUCAUUUACGCCAAUUAUUUAACUACUGAAAGUGACAUCAAAGUUUUAGUGGAAGGUGCAAAAAUUGCAAAAAAAUUUGCUGAUACGGAUGCAUUAAGGAAAAAUAAUAUUUUCCGUACUUAUGUACCUGUAGCAGGAUGUGAAUAUUUUCUUUUGGAUAGUGAUGAAUAUUUUGAGUGCUUAUCGAGAAUGUACACAUAUACAUCUUAUCAUCCCGUCGGAACUUGUAAAAUGGGUCCCGCAUAUGAUAAAGGCGCUGUUGUGGAUCCGUCAUUGAAAGUGUAUGACAUAAAAAACCUAAGAGUCAUUGAUGCUUCGAUUAUGCCAUCGAUAACGAGAGGUACAACCAAUCCUGUUACUAUCAUGAUAGCAGAAAAGGGAAGCGAUUUAAUAAAAGAAUAUUGGAUUAAAAACUGGCGAAAGAAAACUAAUAACUUAUAACGUGAAUAAAGUGUGUUAGGUGAAAUCAUUUAAUCGACGACUUUAACACAAAAUAAAUAAAAUAGAAAGAAUUUCCAUGUAAUGGAAGAGUAUAAAAUAAUAGGUUGAAUAUCCAUAAUAUUUUAAUUCCAAUAAAAGAUAGUGCAGGAUCUGUAGUAAAUAUCAAGUUGAUUUUCAUCUUGUAGACAAACUUUAAUAAAGUUAUCAAGUAUUUAUCUUAUGAAUAGU